AUGCUCCGGUCGGUCUUGAAUCGCUCUUUGAAAAGGCCCCAGCUAUUCUAUAGGGCGCGUCGGGAUCUCACAACUCAAGCUCAAGCUAUCUGCAUAGGGCCAACCGAGCCGCCGCUACUGGAGCAGACGAUUCCAGAGAACUUUGCGGAGAUUGUGAAGAAGUAUGGAGACCGUAACGCCGUGAUCUCCCAUCACCAGCGGAUUACCCUGACAUACGAUGCGCUCGACCGCGACUCGAACACCGUCGCUCGGGGGCUGCAGAAACUCGGAGUGAAGAAGGGCGAUCGGGUGGCCGUGUCAUUGGGGAACAAUGUCGAGUUCGGCACACUAACGUAUGCCCUCUUCAAACUCGGAGCGAUCCUGGUGCCUCUGAACCCAACCUUCAACGCGCCGCAAGUUCUCUCUGCGCUCAACCACCUCUCUGCCACACACCUGAUUAUUGGCGCCGAAACCAAUCGUCCGCGCAAAGACCCAACUUCCAACGUUUCUCUUUUGAACCACCUCGUGCCAGACCUCGCUAGCCCGACCCUCCAAUCUGAACUCGCGCCAUCACUACAAAGGAUUAUCGUCGUGGAGAACUCGCAGGGGAGGGUGGAUAUAUCAGGCCAUAAAAGUCUUUUGCGAUAUGAGAAUGUGUUCGAAGAUGGCGAAUACGGAACUGCGUUGGAGGAUCAGGGCCUUGAUGCGAACGAGAUUGUCAACAUUCAGUUCACGUCAGGCACCACGAGUACGCCAAAGGCUGCGUGUUUGACUCACCGCGGCAUCUUGAACAACGGGCGGAGCAUUGGCGACCGAAUGCUGUUGACAGCAGACGACACGGUGUGCUCUCCACCUCCGCUAUUCCACUGCUUCGGAAGCGUCUUAGGUUACAUGGCCACAGCAACACACGGCUCAGCCAUCGUCUGGCCAAAGGAAGCAUACGACGCGAAAGCAACCCUCGAAGCAGUCCGCGACCACAAAUGCACAGCCCUCUACGGCGUCCCCACCAUGUUCGUCGCAGAGCUAGAACUGCUAGGCCACGGCGCAGUCCCCAAAGACGGCUUCCAAUACCUCCGAACCGGCAUCGCCUCAGGCUCCCCCGUCCCCAUAGAGCUAAUGCGCAAACUACACAAAGAGCUCAACCUCACCGACCUAACCAUCUGCUACGGCAUGACAGAAACAAGCCCCGUCUCCACAAUGACAACAACAACCGACCCCAUAUCCAAACGCGUCGAAACAGUCGGCAAAGUCCUCCCCCACGUCACCAUCAAAGUCGUCGACCCCGCAGACCCGUCCCGCACGCUCAACAUCAACGAACGCGGCGAACUCGCCGUCUCAGGUUACAACGUCAUGAAAGGCUACUGGGCCGACGAAGCACGCUCAAGCCAGGCCCUCGUCGCGGACGACAACGGCGUCUUGUGGAUGCACACCGGCGACGAAGCGUCGAUUGACGACGACGGAUACGUUCGCAUCACAGGCCGCAUCAAAGACCUCAUCAUCAAAGGCGGCGAGAAUAUUCACCCCGCUGAAGUAGAAAAUUGCCUGUUCUCGCACCCCGCUGUCGCGGAGAUCAGCGUCGUUGGCCUCCCUGAUGAGCGCUAUGGGGAGGUCGUCGCGGCGUUUGUUGUCCCGCAUGAGGGUGCUGAGGGGGUUGUGUCCGCGGAGGAGAUUCGUGAGUGGGUUGGGGUGAAGUUGAGUCAUCAUUUGGUUCCGAAGUAUGUGUUUUGGGUGGAUACGCAUCCUAAGACGGCGAGUGGGAAGAUUCAGAAGUUUAGGCUUAGGGAGGUGGGGAUUGGGUUGUUGGGGGAGGGGAAGGGGUUGGAAUAG